CAACAAUUAUGUUAAUAAUUGUAUUUAUGUGUUGAAUGCUAUAAUUUUAUUUGCUUAUUUAUUGUAUUUUUCAUGUUUAUGUUUGAUUAGAUAAGUUGCAUUUCUUUCCCAGGCCUUGUAGUGGUCGUUGGCCAUAUAAUGUGAAUUUCCCUGCAGUGGUCACUGUCCAUGUCUAUUUUUAGCCCAAAUUCUUAGUCUAAAAACCUCCCAGUGACCUAUCAUGUAAUUGAUAAAAAUCCAAUGGUGAAAUUCUCCCCAAAUUUAAUUUAAUAGCCAAUCAAAUUAAGCGAUACGGUAACGUGGUUUGAUGCGGUCAGUAUCUGACCGGUGAGAUUAGGGUCAUUCUGUCUUCAUCUCUGAUAGUGUUAGCACGAGUAAUGUUUUGAUACAGUAAGUUUUGAAACGCAGUUUCUAGUUUUUUGUUGUAUGCGAUAUCGCAUGAUUAUUUGUGCUGGUUCUGGUUGGGGUACAAUAUGUAAACAAUGAGUAUUUUAAAUGUGUGCGUGAUUAGACAUUCUUACAUCAGAAGAUUAAGAGAUUAUGGUAUGCAGACAGAAACAGACAAUCUAAAUUUGGACCCUGAAGUGUUUAAAGUAUCAUUUAGAGGAAAAGGGGGUUUGAGAUUAAGCAAGCGUGUCUUCAGGUCGGAGAUUCUGCAUUUUGACUCAAUUCCCGAUGUGGUGUUUUUACAGAUUGGUGAAAAUGAUAUCUGUGAAAAUACAAACAGUGAGAAAUUAGCUAGGGAUAUUAUAUCUGUGGGACAGUAUUUAAGAGAUGGUGUUGGAGUAAAGGUAGUGAUAAUAGGCCAGUUAAUUCGCCGAAUGCAGUUUGCAUCAUGCCAAAAUUUUAACGUCUUUGUGGUUCAGACUAAUGAACAUUUGAAACGUUUUGCUGAGCCACUUGGUGGAAUUUAUUUCUGGGGACAUCGGGGGUUUUGGAAGGAUUUUCAUAAUUUAGGCCCGGAUGGUGUCCAUCUGCUGUGUACCCCUGCCGAGGACCAGCCCAUGAGGAAGUUUCGCCGCAGCAUUAGGAAUGCGGUGAUCCUGCACUCAAAAGUUUUGAGGCCACCAUUAUGCCACCCAAAAAGAGAGCCAGGAGAGAUGAUGUGGCAACUGGAGGAUUACCACCAACAACACCACCAACUGAAGUAAAUAAGGGGGAAAAAGGGCAAAAAUGAACCCGAAAACAGUCGGAGAAUGACACUGUCAAUGUGCUACCAAAUAUUGAUUAUGAACUUCUGGCAAAAGAAAUUGUAAACCAACAAAAAGCUGAUAGUGAGAAACAAAACAUCAGUGAAAGUGUUGGGCAACCUCCGAUGGUGAAUUCUGUUGAGGAUACUGCACCAGUAGUUGGGGAAGCUACACCGGCCGCUGCCACAAUUCCUGCCUCUGCGGCUGCCACAAUUCCUGCCUCUGCACUUGGAACAUUACUGGAUAAUGUGUUCACAGAGAGCCAGGGAGGCAGCACCAUAUCUAGACCAACAACCAACUGCCAUUCCCGAGCAUCUAUUGCAGAUUUGUCCUCAACCACCCAAACAAUCUUAGUAGCAGCUUUGUCUCCCUCUGCACGUUUAUCAUACAGACGUUCAUGGGAACUUUUUCUCACAUUUCGAAAUAAUCCAGUGUCGUUACCUUUGUCUACCAUUGAUAUUUGUAAUUUUAUUGGUUUCCUGUUUGAAAAACAAUACAGUUCCAGCAGCAUUGCCUCACAUGUAUCUGCUCUGAGUUAUAUACACAAAAUUGUAAAUGCGCCUGAUCCAACACAAACAUUUAUUGUUCGAAAACUCCUUAAAGGAUGUCACAAGCUUCUUCCUUCACAAGAUGCUAGAUUACCAAUAACACUGAGUAUAAUGCACAAAAUUCUCUCUGCAUUAGUUUUCACUGUUCCAAAUGCAUCAAAUCGGGUACUUUUGCAAAGUCUUUUUCUUCUUUGUUUUAACGCCUUUUUACGUUUAGGGGAAGUUGUCACAAAAAAGGUAUCAGAUAAAGACAGAAUACUUCAAGUUCAAGACAUUACUUUUAUGGGAGAUAAGAACAAUCCUUCAGCAGUUCAACUUGUUUUACGAUAUCAUAAAUCACAAAAGAAAAAUGAUCCUAUAAUCAUAUCUAUAGAAACCAACCCUGUUUCCAAUUUCUGUCCAGUACAGUAUCUCUAUAGAUAUAGAUCACAUUUUCAACAUGUUUCAGGCCCCUUUUUUCAAUUGAUCAAUGGCUCUCCAGUCACAUAUUCUUAUGUUAGCAGUGAGCUUUCGAAAGCCAUAGCAUUUGCGGGUCUUGACCCCAAUAGAUAUAAAGGGCAUAGUUUUCGGAUAGGGGCAGCAACACAUGCUGCACAGUUAGGCUAUUCUGAGAGUUUUAUUCAGCAUUUAGGCCGCUGGAACUCCAAUGCAUUACACAGAUAUAUUAGAAUACAAUCGUUUCAACUGUAAUUAUUUCUAUCUACAAUCUUUCUUUCUUGUUUAACUGUUGGUACAUUUCACUAUAAACUGUGAUUUGUGUAUGUGUUCACAUCAGCAUCAACAAGUGCACAACUCACCUUGGAUGGCACAAUGGAAUUGCCAAUUGGCAUUAUGCAAUUCACAUUUGGUGGCAUGUUUUAUUUUUUGAGGUGCCAUCUUUUUGCUGGUUUUGUAUAUAUUGUAUAUAAUUUUGAACAAAAUAUUGUUUUUCUGUAU